AUGCAUCUUGUAUGUGUUUAUGUGCUUCUGUGUGAAUGUGACUGUGCUUCUUCAAACACGACAACAACCUGCUUGCUUUGGUUUUAUCCUUCCCCCAUGGAAACAAAUCCUACGUUCCUCAAGGCCAAAGCCGCCUUCGAGCACCAUCUCGCCACCGUCGACCUCAAGAAGGCGCCGCCAGAGGGCCUUACCUCGCUCGUUUGCAAGUUUGGCCUAACGACGGACGUGCGCGAAGCGCUUGCCGAGGUUGUCCGGACCCACGGAUGUAGUAUGUCGGUAUAUGAACUUGAUGAAGAACAGACGAAGAAAAUUGACCCUCGGCGCAAAGGGCGUCUAACUCAUACGUUUUUCACCGUGACCGCCGCCGCCCAGCAGGCAUACCUUGCCGCGAACCCUGGCGCAGAAAAUAUGGUGCGGCCCCGGCUCAAACCCGGUCCCAUGCGCAAUCCGCUCAGACCCAAGAAGAGCCCUCGGCAGCGGAAAUUGCAGCUCGUACAGCCUGCGAAGAAGCUGAAAAAAAUGGUGGGCGAGUUGGGCCAGGAAGUGGAGGGCAAGUCGAGUGAGAAUGAGGAGGAUUCCAUUCAAGAUGAAGAUGAUAGUACUGAAGAAGAGGAAAGCGUGGUGGAAACGGAGAAGUUGCCGCGGGUCAAGCAGCAGCAGCAACCCCGCUUGCCGACGGGACGCCUCAUCGUGCCCAGCACCAGCGGCAACAAGAACCAGUCGUCGAAAAGUCAAUUUUACAUGCGCGCUCCGGUAUGCGACGAGACAUCCUCCCCUACCCCGGCGCAUUAUCACAACCAAGCCAACUCCCAUAAUCGUGACUCCCGUUCCGCGAUGUUUCUCGAAGAUACCGACGCCGAAAGUGAUUCUGGGGAGCUGAUUGGAGGCUACACCGUCGCCGCGAGUGACUUCGACACGUGCAUGUACGAGCUUGCGGCCCUGGUGGAGCUUUUCCCGGCGGAGAGCCGGAGCAGGAAGCAGAGGGAGAUCAAGGAGGGCGUGAAGCGUGCUGUGAGGAACAUGGAUCGGAUGCGCACCAGCGAGGGGGCCUAUCGGAAGCGCAAGUGGGAGGAGUGGGAGGAGGAUGUGCAGCCGACGGCGAGCAGUGGUAAGGGGAAGGAGAAAGCGACGAAGCAGCUGCGCCAGGUUUCGGUGCUGGGCUCGCCGGCUAGCAAAAAGCGCCGCGCAUAG